AUGGUCAACUCAUACAUCAUCCGUGUGGCCCGAACUGACGAGGAUGGCUCGUUUGUCCUCGGCGAAGUAACACCCUCGGGAUCCAAGCCACUUAACGUUAAGUUUGUCGCCACUGAAGGGGAAGAGCCCUAUGUUGUCAAGUUACGACAUGACAAGAUUGGGGAACUGCGGGCGAGUAGCAGUGCGUGCACGGCGGAGGAAUGGGAGAGCAUACUGAAAGCGCUACUCCUUGGGGCAGAACCUGUUGAGGGUAUUGAGGCGGGCGCAGAGGCGAACGUGGGCAAGUCAAUCACCAUCACCAUCAGGCGGAAGGUGGCCGGUAUCAAUCAACGCCUCGGUUCCCUCACACUCAACCACAAAGCCGAUGAAGCGAUUCAAUUAUUUGACUGGUGCGGAGCCGCUGCCCUACAGCGUGAGAAGUUCCAAGAGACCGCGACCAAGGCAAAGUCCCAAACUUCCAGCCUAGAAGCUAGCAUCGCCGAACUUCGCAGCCAGCUCGAUGAACUCACAACAUCCAAGAGGACAACUGAAACUGAGAUGCUCGAAAAGUUCUGCAUCCUCCUCAACGAGAAGAAAGUCAAGAUCCGGGAGCAGCAGCGUCUCCUCAGCACCGCACAAGUCGACCCGUCCAAGCUCGACGCAGCCCGCGCUUCCCAAGCCGCUCGAUCCACACCUGCUACAGAGCGAAAGCCAGCACCAUCCCGACGUGCCAAACGCAAGGCAUCGGAAGAUGCCUCAGGCGGGAGUUCGUCGUCCGAUUCAGAUGACGGGUUCGAUAAGCCAGCCGCUUCCAAGCCCUCCCUCAAAGCAGCUUCUGAUAAGAUGGAUAUUGACCAAACCGAGUCCGAGAAUGAGCCGCCCCGAGGAGCUCGAAGUGCCAACGCAAGUAAAGACAGCCCCGAGUCAGAAGACCGCGAGACCACCGAUGAAGACGGGACUGAAACAGCGAGUGAGCCAGACGAAGAGCCAGCACCCCCUCCUCCGCCACCCAAAGCCCGGCAGCAGAAGAAGCCGGAGCCUGCGAAGGGACGAGCCGUGGCAGCAGCAGGAGCAAGUAAGGGUGGGAAAGGCAAAGACGUUGUGAUACACCCUCGUCGGCCAGUGAGACGGGCCAAGGCGGCCACACCACCGCCUGCAGAGGCGAGCGAGACGGAAUCGGACGAUGAGUUGUGA